AACCCCUCAUGAUCUUCUUGUCAACAAACACGCACGUGCUUCGAUCGCUCAUCCGCUGUGCUGCCCUGAUCCGGCCGACGUGACCAGCGCUUGCUGGAGUGGAUGCGCUCUGCAUGCAGUAUCCUUCCGGUACGUGGUGGGCGGAUCGCAGUAAUAGCGGGAUCUAUAUCUUCAGAAGACGAGCGAGACGGUGACAAUUUUGGUAUUGCAGACGUAGCCGUAGGCGUAGGGUCAGCUUUGCCUUUAGCAAGUGAAAUUACUCCGCUCCUUUGAUUGUAAACAAACCUGACUGACUGAUCGUGGUACCAUCAUGAGGCUAGUUAUUCUAGAUGAUUAUUCUAAAGCCAGUGAGUGGGCUGCUAAAUAUGUCCGGAACAGGAUCCUAGACUUCAAUCCUACAGAAGACAAGUACUUUGUACUUGGUCUUCCUACAGGAAGUACCCCUAUAGGGAUGUAUAAGAAGCUGAUUGAGUUCCACAUGGCUGGUGUUCUCUCAUUUAGAUAUGUCAAGACCUUCAACAUGGAUGAGUAUGUUGGAUUGGAUAGGGACCAUCCAGAGAGCUACCAUUCCUUCAUGUGGGAUAAGUUCUUCAAGCACAUUGAUAUCUUGCCUGAGAAUGUUCACAUUCCUGAUGGCAACGCUGAGGAUUUAGAUGAAGAGUGCCGUGAAUACGAGGAGGAGAUCAAGAAGGCUGGAGGAAUUGAACUUUUCAUCGGAGGUAUCGGACCUGAUGGUCACAUAGCCUUCAACGAACCAGGCUCUAGUCUUGUAUCAAGAACAAGAGUGAAAACACUUGCCCAUGACACCAUAAUUGCCAAUGCUCGUUUCUUUGACAAUGAUAUCAGCAAGGUACCCACCAUGGCGCUGACGGUCGGUGUAGGCACUGUGAUGGAUGCUAAUGAGGUUAUGAUCAUCAUAACUGGAGCUCACAAGUCUUUUGCUCUCUACAAAGCCAUGGAAGAAGGUGUCAGUCAUAUGUGGACAGUCUCGGCCUUCCAGCAGCACCCGCGUACCAUCUUUGUCGUUGACGAGGACGCGACCCUUGAACUCCGGGUCAAGACGGUCAAAUACUUCAAGAGCUUGAUGUACGUCCAUGACAAACUUGUUGAGGAUUCUAAAGAGCUUCCAGAAGUCAAGCGACAAAAGAAAAAGUAGCUUUGCUUACUGUGAAUUAUUUUUUCUAAGCUGUACAUGUAUAUCUAGAAGAGAAAUAUAUAUAUUUUUCUUGCAUUUAUAAGAGGUGGGGGAGGGGGAGAGCUCUAUAAUUUUGUUUAUGUAUGUGGUCAUGUUUCUUUACUUGAAAUACUUGAAACUGUAGUCACUAUAUAAGAAAAAAAAGUUUGUUUCAUGUCUUUGUUAUAUCUUACAUUCUUAUGUUAGCCAAGCUGUAUGAUAAUGUAUGUACUAAUGUACAGUAUAUUGAUUUUUUUGACACAUUUUGGCCAGUCGUUGUCAUUAACAUGUGUGUAGGUGUGAGUGAAUGUGUGUUUAUGUGUAUUAUACACUCCCUUAUUAUAUAAAAGCAAUUGUGAAUUGCUGCACGUAAUCUUUUAGCAAUCAUCACAUGACUCAGUGAGUCUUAGUAGAUCAUGUGGAGAAUUUCAUUCUUUAAACCUGGUUCAUUGAAUAUCAGUUAUAUAAACAACUAGAGCACAGAGAGCAAACACUAAAAGAAUGGACAAUGCUACAGAAUGAAGUUGAUUAUAUGAUGUAGGUGAAGUAGAAAAUAUAAACUUUUUAUAAUAUUGCGUUGACAACAAAACAAAUAAUGCAAAUUAUUAAGCACUUGUAUCAAGAGUGUUCAAUACGCUUACUAUUUUUAUUUCCCUGAUGUUAGCCUGGCCAUACAAAUUUACUUUUUAAUAUGAAAGAAAAAAACUUCAUAUGCAUGUUAUGAUAGAUGUUGUAAUCAUUUUAUGCAUCUCAUAGCUACAUGUAUCAUCCUUUAGCAUUUUUAGUAGACAUUGUUCAUUUCUUUUCAACAUUCAUUGAAUAUAAACUGGCGUUUAUCCUUCACUUUUCAUUAUUAGGCAUUCAGUAUUUGUAAUCUUUUGAUUUGAAAUUUGUCGAGCAUCAGAAUUGAAAGAACAAGCCCUUAACGUUAAAAAAAACCUUGUUUGAGCUUGUAAUCAUGUGAUGUGUAUUUAAAUUAGCUCUUUGUGCAAAUGGCAGUCAAUAUGUACCAAAGAAUUUUCUAUGAAUGUGUACAUAUCAGUAAUUCUAAAAUCGGGAAGAUGCUUUUUCUUAUUGUCAUAUGUAGACGUAAUGUUUGUUUUUUUUCAAUUACUGUACAUUCCAUGUAAAAUGGUCUCAUGACAGGGGCCACGGG